GCAUUGAUACACCGCGCCGCUUGUCAGUUCCGAGGACGAGUCGAGAUAUCCUUCAACUACCCCCUCUCACUGCGCACCAGACACACACACUCGCGUCAUCCCGCGUGAUCGCGUCAGAGGUGCGUGCUCGCCUCGCGAAGCACGCACCCACGGCCACAAGACGGCACACGUACCCAAGGGCUGCCCUUCCGGCGGGGAGGAGGAGGAUCUCGCCAUGGAGGCGCUCAAGUCCCUGAUCACCAACGUGCCGGACUGGCUGAAGAAGCUCGACGAGCUCAACGGCCAGAUCGAGCAGCGCCAGAUCGAGCUCGCCAAGCUGACCGAGGAGGCCAGGGCGGGCUCGCCCGAGGGAUCCUCGUCCGGAGCCGCGCGGUCGAUACGGAACAAGGGAUCGACCGAGUCUCUCAAGCCGCGCGAUGAGCCCGAGGCCCAGCCGCGCGAUGAGCCCGAGGCCCAGCCGCGCGACCCGCCAGCGCCGUCCGACGCGGCCGGUCCCGCCGAGGCCGCCGCCGCCAAGGCCCGCACCGAGCAACCGGCAGCACCGAGCAGCCCGUCGGAUCCGCAUUCGCCCUCGGCCCUGCAGCGGCAAGUGAGCCAGAUGCGCGCCGCCGGCCAGGCACGCGCGCGCGCGAUGCUGCGCAAGCGACAGCGCACCGACUCGGUCGUCAGCGCCGAGGGCGCCGGGCCCGCGUACCGCACGCGCAGCAUGAUCAUCGUCUACUACGACAGCUACGUGCAGAUGUUCUUCGAGGAGCUCGUCAAGUUCGUCAGCGCCAGCCGCAACAUGAUGCGCAAGGCCAAGAUGGCCGCCAAGGUCGCCCAGAUCAAGCGGCUCGCCGAGCUGGAGACGCCGGACGACGAGGCCGACGAGGAUACCACCAAGCCGCCGCCAAUACCGAGCUCAUCAUCCCCGGGCGACGCGCCCAUCGCCGCCGACCCGGCGCCCACAUCAUCCGGGAGCAAACCAGCAGGCGACGACGACGACGCCGAGCCCUCGCUACCCUUCGUCAGCACGCGGCGCAUGGGCCCCAGCGCGCUGAUGGCGCGCACGGGGCGCAACCCGUACUCGCGAGCGGCCGCCAUGGGCCGAGCCUCACCGGCCGCGGGGGCGGCCGCCGGCGACGUGUACGACGAGCUGGACCGGGGGCUGGACUACGUGCAGAGCAUGUGCGAGCACGCGGCGCACCAGUUCCUGCGCGACGGCGACUGCGCCGAGGAGGUGGCCAACAUCAAGCGGCGGCUGGCCGAGACCAAGGAGCUGGCGGACCGCGAGAUGGAGCGCGUGCGCCGCGAGGACCCCGCCGCCCUGCUCAAGGUCGGCGACGACGACGGCAUGCGCGGCCGCAGCUACCGCCCGCAGAGCAUGCGCAAGAGCGUGGUGAAGCCCGCUGCUCCCGCCGAAGUGUCGGCGGCGGCGCCUGCGGCGCCGGCGGCCGGAGCCGAGAAGCCGCUCGAGGUGGAUGAGGGCGUGGGGGACGUGGAUGCCGAGGGCUCAGACGAUAUGCCGAAGCUGGUGUACAAGAGCACGCGGAGGAUGAUGGGCUAGCUUGCCUAGGUGGGACGGGGCGGGAGCGGAGAGUUGAGCGGGAGCACGUAUGCGGGCGGCCGGAUGCG